CUCGACCAUCAUCCCCUGCAUGCCCAACAUGUCUUCCAUCCUCGUCACUGCCCCCAUCUCCGGCUCCGUCUGGUCUACCUGCUCCGUCCUUCCGGUCUCGUGGAUCGCUUUCCCUGGCGUCAAUCUCGGUACCGAUCAAGCCCCAACCAACCGCCUCUUGCUUGUGUCGUCGCAGGUGACUCCCGUCGUUGCUACCGAUGUCCAGUGGUCCUCGGAUGGCUGGGACUUUGUCAUUCCCUCGGUUCCCGCCGGCCAGUUCAAUGUCCAGCUCUGGAACAGCACUGGCUUCAUGGCCCAGAGCGACAUCUUCAGCAUCCAGGCCAAUCCCAGCGUCUCUCAGGGUGCUCCCUGCCCCGCUGCAACCCCGACUUUGACCAGCAGCAGCACCAGCUACACCAGCACCAGCGUCGGUACUCCUACCUACACGCCGACCCCCAGCGUCACCAGCAGCUCCAUCAGCUCCAGCAGCACCGAUUGCGAGUCCGAGGCUACCACGACCACCACGGUGACCUGCACUCCCGAGGGCCGCGGCCGCCAUCGCCAUCAUCGCUGCCCUGCCAGGACCCACACCCACGGACCCUGGUCGGCUUCCGCCACCAGCGAUAACCAGGGUGUCACUGCUCCCACGACCAGCGCUGCCACCACCACGAGCAGCAGCACUUCCCCUGUUCCCCCUAAACGUACCAGCGAGAUCUGCUUUGUCAUCGAUUUACACUGAAUGGCUUGAAUGAAUGAAAUGUAUCGGGUGUGUGGUGUUUUUGUGUCAAUAAAAAAUGUGUUCGAAAGGCA